UAUAUUGGCAAAAACAUAGCAAGUGCAUAUGCCAAGUUGGAAAAAUUGACAAUGCUGGCUAAAAAGAAGAGUCUUUUUGAUGAUCGACCGCAAUAGAUUCAAGAAUUGACUUACAUCAUGGUGUAUGCGUUACAAUCUAAAUUAGCCAGCAUGGGCACCGACUUCAAACAGAUACUAGAAGUGCGUAUAAAAAAUCUCAAACAACAAAAAGCGCGUCGGGAUCAAUUCGGGCAGUCACCAAUUGCUGCUAGCACUGUUCGCUGGAGUACAGCGAAACAGGGCUCCUUGCUGUUAAGCGAAGAGAAUACGGCCGUAAGCAUUGACAUGGCCGCAAGUGAUACAACACCAUUGCUGGGUGCAGUCUGAGGUAGUGGAAUACAGACGCAGCAGCAGAUUGCAUUAUAUGAUGACUCCGAUAGUUACGUGCAACAGCGGGCUGAGACUAUGCAGAACAUUGAA